UGGCUUCACAGAAUACGCGGGAGAUUAAACCGUGUUGUCUUUUCUCCGUAUUGUAUUGAUAUAAGAGACAAUGAAUAAUAUCAUAUCAAGAGGAGCCUUUAUAGUUUUAGAAGGAUGUGAUCGAGUAGGAAAAUCAACCCUAACACGAUUUUUGGUUGAAAAUCUCAGAAACAAUGGAAUGAAAGUAGAAUCACUUCAUUUUCCAAAUCGUAAAACAAAAACAGGAAUUCUAAUAGAUAAAUAUCUGAAAUGCGAAGAAGAAUUAGAUGAUCAUGCAAUUCAUUUGUUAUUUUCUGCAAAUCGUUGGGAAUCAGUAUCCGAAAUGUGUAAUUUAAUAAAUUCGGGCACAACAUUAAUUGUUGAUAGAUAUGCUUAUUCAGGAGUGGCUUAUUCUGCUUCAAAAAAGGGAUUAGAUGUAAAUUGGUGUAAACAGCCUGAAAUUGGUCUCCCUUCUCCUGAUCUUGUAAUAUUCUUAGAUAUACUUCCACAUAAAGUUUUCGAGAGAUGUGAGUUUGGUAAAGAACGUUAUGAAAACUUAGAACUUCAGAUGAAAGCAAGAGAAAAUUUCCUUUCAUUAAAAGAAGAUAACUGGAAGGUUUGGAUGAGUCUGAAUUAUUAGACAGUAACGUCAAUUAUAUGCAAAAUGAAACUGUAAGUGAUGGUAAUAGUGAUAUUGACCACGAAAUACCAACUACUAGUGGAUACAGAGACCAAUCACAUGUCAUGCUUGAGGAAAUGACAGUGUGAAACCCGCAUUUUAGUAGUGAUGGUUGGAUCUGUACAAACUUUACAAGACCUCAAGUCAACGAUUUUACAGGACAAGCAGGAAUCAAAUGUAAUUUACAGAGUGAUGCUAUACCAUUUGACUGCUUUAGUGUAUUUUUUUGAGAUGAACUUGUGGACAAGAUUGUUGAAGAAAUGAAUAGGUAUGGUGAUAGUUUGAUGAAAUGUGACAAUUUAUGGAAAAAUAGUCGUAUAAAAAACUGGAAGCCAACAACAAAUCCAGAAAUUAGAGAAUUCAGAGGACUUAUUAUGGUCACAAGUAUCAUUAGAAAACUGUGCCUAAGUAUGUAAUUUAAAAAGGAAGAUCUUUUUUCUACA